CAAAAACUCGACGCGCGUCGUGUGGCCGCGCAUCGCUACCGUGUGCACCCGCAGCUUGCGUGAGCGACACUACGGAUCGGAACGCCAGCGCUGCGAGACCGGCAUUGAUCAAUAACACGCCUGGCACUCCCAUUUUUGAAACUCACAAUGAACUGCCUCCUCCUUGUCUCAGCCGCAGUAGCCUUCGCACCGACGCGCCACCUGCAGCGGUUGCCCUCCGCAGCACCCAUCACGCAGCCGCGCGUCGCGCUAGCGCCCACAGCGCUGCGGUACGCGGACGCGGGCAGCGAGCCGCAGGAGGCGCCGCGCACCGCGCCGCUCCAACAGCUCCGCCAAAAGCUCCAGACCUACAUCAACAAAGCAAGGAUAUUCAUCAAAUCAGAGGACGGGCGGAAAAUCACCGGUGUUGCCGCCUUCAUCUUCAUAGCCUUGCUCCUACGGGCCCUCGGCGGCAUGGUCGCCGCGCCGCCGGCGCCAAAACGAGCCAUGCCCGCCCUCAACUUCGUCUGGAACCACGGUGAGGGCGCGACGCUCGCCUGGCGCCAGGGCGAGCCCUUGAAAUUCAUCUGGCGCCACGGCGAGUACGUCUGGCACGUGAUCCGGCCGGCGGGGCGGCGGCCCUACCUGUACCUCGCCGGCGCGCCGUGAGGAAUCCCCCUGUAUGUAUAUCCCGACUAAAUAGAAGCUCGUUACGAGGGGGAGAGGGAUAGACGAGCA